UGGUGUGGUCUUAUUCCAGCUGGUCAGUCCUGGAGCAGCACUGCCAGGAGAUCUGCCUGUUUCCCUCUGCUGGCUCCCUCGCUGCAGUCUGCUGUCACCAUGUGGAGGGGCUUUUCACUGGCCUGCCUACUGCUCUGUACCUGCCAGGCGUCCACACCACCGCUCUUUAUGGUGACAUUUCCUGAGAUGAUCAUUGAAGGCAUUGAGUCCAAACUGUGUGCCACCCUUCUCCACCCCAACGAGACCCUGCGUCUGUCUGUCUCGCUGGUCUCCGGGCAGGACAGGAGGUUGCUGCUGGAGGAGACCACAGCACAGGGCUUCUACCGCUGUGAGCACUUCCAGGGUCCGCUAGUGCCCUCUGACUCGAUGGAGGUGGUGGAGGUACAGCUGCAAGGCGAGAGCUUCACGAUGGAGAAGCGCAGUGAGGUCCACUUCCGUCCCUCUCGCUCCCUCAUCUUCAUUCAGACUGACAAACCCAUCUACAAACCAGGACAGACAGUGCAUUUCCGGAUUGUUUCUCUGAAUGAGAACUUUGUUCCUGUCAAUGAUGUGUACGACGUUGUGGAGCUGAGGGACCCGGCACGCAACAGGAUCAGUCAGUGGCUCGAACAAACAUCCAAUGGGAGCAUCUUGCAGCUGUCGCUCCCCUUGAAUCCAGAAGCCCGACUAGGCACAUAUACCCUGGCAGUCUUGGAAAAAGGAAGCACACGAGUUUCCCAACACUUCAAAGUCAAGGAGUUUGUCCUGCCCAAAUUUGAAGUCGAGACUCAUCUUCCGGACUCGAUCUUCAUUUUGGACACUGAAGUCACGGCUAAAAUCUGCGGCAAGUACACAUAUGGGAAGCCAGUGUCUGGCACAGCAAAGCUGGAAUUGUGCCGGAAACGUAGUCAAUAUCAACAUGACGUUAUCGAUAAUGUGACAAUCUGCCGCACAGUAAUUGAUGAGACGGACAAGACCGGCUGUUUCUCCUACACCUUCAACGUGACAGAGUUUAUGCAGAAUGAAGGGCAGCUCGAGAACAGGCUUCGCUUGUACGGUGAGCUAGAGGAACACGGAACAGGAGUGGUACGGAGAGGAGGUGUUGACACACGCUUCACCCACCUGUUGGGAAAGGUUGAGUUCCUGGAUACCGCCAAGCACUAUGAGCAGGGGAUCCCCCUACAGGGCAAAAUUAGAGUGGUGCGGCAUGACUCAUCUCCUGUUGCCAAUCACAGAGUCUAUGUAACCAGUGAACGUUCCUGGCCACAUGAAAUUCUACUGAAUGAUACCACUGACAGCCAAGGGAUCGUUCACUUCUCUUUCAACACUUCGCAGUGGACACGUUCAACAAUAUGGCUGGAGGCUAAAUCCUCUACAAGCCCUCAAGACCUUUGGGCUCCCGGGUACGAGAAAGGCAGCCACUCUGUCACACGCAGUGAUAAACCAAGUAGCAGCUUUAUCUCCAUCCAGAAGAUUGAUCAGACACUACAAUGUGGGACACAAGUGGCCAUCAGAGCCCAAUAUUCUUUCUUUCAGAAAGACAUUGAGGCAGAUGUCGGAUCCAUUGACUUUUACUACCUGGUGGUUUCCAGAGGAGCCAUUUCAAUCAGUGGACACAUGGUGGAGCCCCUGCUGGCAGGUUCAGUGAAAGAAGGGGAGGUGUCCUUCAUCCUGCCUGUGAGCCAUGAGUUGUCCCCGCAGGCUCAUGUCCUGGUAUAUGCUGUCCUGCCCAAUGAGAGAGUCCUCGCACACAGCUCAGACUUCCAGGUGGAAAAAUGUUUCAGACACAAGGUGUCCCUGAAGUUUGCGUCCCCUCAGUCUGUCCCAGGAGCUGACACUGCUGUGCACCUGAGUGCCCAUCCUGGGUCACUAUGUGCCCUGAAGGCCAUUGACCGCAGUGUGCUACUGGUGGAGCCAGAGCAAGAGCUGACUGCAAAAAUCUAUGAUUCACAGCCUAUAAUUGCGGUCACCUAUAAUAACCCCUACUAUUACGACAAGCCCAAAGACUGCCUGCCGGUGAGAGUGAAGAAACGUUCUUAUAUAAUACACGACCUGGAUUCACAGAGGAAUGCUAAAACCACUUUCAAUCACCUGAGGAUCAGGACUAUCACUAAUAUGUUUCUGCAAAAGCCUGACUGCCUGCUAUUCAAGGGAUGGACUUUCUAUAACCAACAAUAUAGAGAGUAUGGUUGGCAUGGUGGUAGACUUUUAUCACCUUCAAUAGAAAGACUCAUGAUGAGCCCUCAGCCAAUCCCAGUUGUGGAGACGGUCAGAACAUUCUUCCCUGAGACCUGGCUCUGGGACCUUGUCCCAGUUGGGGAGUCUGGCUCAGCGCAGGUUCCAGUCACUGUGCCUGACACCAUCACUACAUGGGAGGCUGGGGCGUUCUGCUUGUCCCCAAUAGGACUGGGCCUGGCCCCCUCUGUCAGGCUCACCACCUUCCAGCCCUUCUUCGUGGAGCUCACCCUGCCCUACUCCAUCAUCAGGGGAGAGCGGUUCGAGCUCAAGGCCACCGUCUUCAACUACAUGUCCAAGUGCAUCAUGGUAAAAGUGAGUCCAGCCCCAUCCUCUGACUUCACUCUGGAGCCCUGCCCAGGGUGCGAGUAUAGUUCCUGCCUGUGUGCCAGCCAAGGAAAGACCUUCCGCUGGACCCUGGUAGCCUCUGUCCUGGGUGCUGUGAAUGUGUCUGUGAGUGCAGAGGCAGUUCAGACAGAGAUGAUCUGUGACAACGAAGUGGUGUCGGUGCCUGAGCAAGGACGCAUCGACACAGUCAUACAGACUCUGCUGGUGGAGGCUGAAGGAACAGAAAAGACUAUCAGUUACAACUGGCUGCUGUGUCCAAAAGGCAGCCUGGUGAAGGAGGAGGUCCAGCUCCAGCUACCAGAAGACAUUGUGGAGGGAUCAGCCAGGGCCUCACUCUCUGUUCUGGGAGACCUGUUGGGCCGGGCCCUACAGAACCUGGACCGACUCCUAGCCAUGCCCUACGGCUGUGGAGAGCAGAACAUGGUGCUAUUUGCCCCUAACAUCUACAUCCUAAAGUACCUGGAGAGCACAGGUCAACUCACACAGGAGAUCAGGAACAGAGCCACAGAGUUCCUGAAGAGCGGCUACCAGAGGCAGCUCAACUACAUGCGCUUUGAUGGCUCCUACAGUGCCUUUGGGAACAGUGAUGAUUCUGGAAACACAUGGCUGACUGCCUUUGUGAUGAAGUCCUUUGGCGGAGCCCAGUCCUAUAUCUACAUUGACCCCAACAUCAUCUCCAGCACCAUGAACUGGCUCACCCGUCACCAGCAGCCCAAUGGUUGCUUCCAAAGUGUGGGCAGGCUCUUUAACAACAGGAUGAAGGGAGGUGUGAGCGAUGAGGUGACCCUUACUGCCUACGUCUCUGCAGCCAUGCUGGAGCUCAACAUGUCUAGGACAGACCAGGUCUUGAACAGCAGCCUUUCCUGCCUGCGCUCUGCCACCCAGAACCUGACCAAUAUCUACACUGCAGCCCUGCUGUUCUACACCUUCACUCUGGCCAGGGACGAGGACACCAGAGCACAACUAUGGACCGAACUAGAAACUCUGGCCAGCAGAGAGGGAGAUACUCUGCACUGGCCUCAGUCGGCCUCGGAGGGUUCGGAUUCCUUGUCAGUAGAGAUGAGCUCCUAUGUGCUGCUGGCUCUUCUUAGUCACCCACCGCUGUCUGCCUCAGACCUGGGCCGGGCCUCCAAGAUUGUUAGCUGGCUGACCAAGCAGCAGAACUCCUAUGGAGGGUUCUCUUCCACACAGGACACUGUAGUGGCUCUUCAGGCACUCUCUCUCUAUGGGGCGGAGGCUUUCAGCAAAGAGGUCUCCAGCCAAGUGACAGCGCAGUCCACAGAGGGGGACCUCCACCAGUUUACUGUGGACUCCAGCAACAGCCUGCUGUACCAGGAGAGGGCACUGCGAGAUGUCCCAGGGAAGUACAGUGUUGAGGUGCAGGGCACAGGCUGCAUGUCGAUCCAGGUGGCUCUCCACUACAACAUCCCUCCUCCUCCUGACUUCUCCACCUUCCAAAUUGCAGCAGAGUCACAGAUGACAUGUGACAGUGGCACGAGGAGCAGGCCACUCACUGCUGUCGUCAAUGUGAGCUACAAGGGCCAGAGAGAGAGCACCAACAUGGUGAUUGUGAACGUCAAGCUCCUGUCUGGGUUUGUCUUUGACAAAGACACUCUGAAUGAGUUAAAAGGAGCCCCGUAUGUGAAGCGUGUUGACACUGAAGAUGGUCACGUGAUCGUGUAUCUAGAUGGGCUUCAUAGAGAAAAGUCUCAACAGUACAGAUUCAGAAUGAUCCAGGAGCACCCAGUGAAGGGACUCAAACCAGCUGUGGUCAAGAUCUACGACUACUACCAGACAAGUGAGCAGGCUACAUCAGAAUACACCUAUCCAUGCCCUGAAGAAGAUCAUGAGACCAACCAGAUUUGAGAAGGAGCUCCAGGAGACUGCCUCUGGAAGGGUAAAGAAACAGAUGUGUCCAAAGCAUCAGAGCACAAACCACAAAAGGAUCAGAAUUUUACACGACCCGGCAAGACUGCUUGAGCUACGAUCUUCAGUUCAUGUUUUCGUUAAAAGGAAAAAACUGACCUUGUCUCCUGGGGCUGUACAUUUGUCCUACGAGCAGUGGACAUUGAAGAGCUCUCUGAAAAUGCCAACGGGCACCCAUUAAUCUGAAAACUCUUUAUGCUUUUUUCUGUUUUCCUCUAUUUUGGUAUCAAUUUCUAAUGAAAAAUAAAUUAUAAUCUAGUCAUGCAUUGCA